AUGUCUCAAGACCACAUCAACCCACUUCUUCAAACUGUGUCAACAACGGCUCUGCCAACCACUCCGUUGGCCAAUCUUCAUUACCUUGCCCUGCCUCCUGAGUUAUCUUAUGUAACCAGAAGGGAACUAGAUGAGUCUGCUCAAAGGUGGGCCUUGGAGAAUGGGUAUGCCAUCAAGAAGGCCAACACCACAACAUCCAAAGGGGAGGACCAAGUGAAUUAUAAAUGCAACCAAUCUAGCCAUCCGGAUGAAUCAAACCCUGACAACUUGGGAAAAUCAAAGAAGAUAGGCUGUACUUUUGAAAUGUUGGGAAAAUUCUACAAGAAGCAAGGAUGCUACCAAAUCCAGAUCAAGACUCCGCAUCACAACCACCCAGCUUCUGACAAUCCAUAG